AUGGCGUCGUCACAAGAUAUAGUCGGCAUCGGGGGCUCUGGAGUCAGCUGUAUAGAGUCGGUUCGCGGUGGCGGUGACGGUGAUGGUGGCGGCGGCGGUGGCAGUGACGGCUACGGAGACGGUGGCGGAGGUAGCGCUAGUAACGGCGACAGUGACGGUGGCGGCGGCGGCGGCGGCGACGGCAGUGCGGGUAUCAGGAUCAACCUCAGCCUUCUUGGCCGCAGCAGUCGAGGCGCUCAACCCGCCAAGAGCCUCCACGAUGAGUCUGGCCAGCUGCCACUUCCCUCUAGUGUGGAGAUGCAUUCCGUGCCUCGUGAAGUGCUUCCGCUGCUGUCUGUUCAUACCUAG